AUGGUGGAGCCCGUUGGAUUCAUAGAGGCUUGGAAGGCACAAUUCCCUGAUUCGGAGCCCCCCAAGAUGGAGCUGCGGUCCAUUGGAGGUAUUGAGCAGGAGCUGGAGAAGUGCAAAGCGUCCAUCAGACGCCUGGAACAGGAGGUGAACAAGGAGCGCUUCCGCAUGAUCUACCUGCAAACCCUCCUGGCAAAAGAGAGGAAGAGCUAUGACAAACAGCGGUGGGGUUUCAGGAAGACACCAUUGAAUGAGGGGGUAGACCCUGCAGCCACCCAGGGUGCAGAGUCACCAUCUCAGCAGCCCCACAUGCAGGAGACUGGUGGAGUUGGAGGUGCUGGAGGAUACGCUGUGGUGGAUAGGAGUCAUUUUCAGCCACUUGGGGAUGGUACUGGCAGGUCCAAACCUAGGCCCCCACCAGCCAGGAAGUCAGCUUCCCAUGGAGACGGCUUGGAGUCAGCGUUUGACUCACCCCAACAAGCAGAGUCUACAUCCUGUGACAACCUCGAUGGCCUCUCGCCAUCUAAGCAGAGGGGUGGCAUCACCCUGUCCCCCCGCAGGCCCACACUUCCGCCCCCAGACAAGGAUCUGCCUUCUGACCCCAAAGAUAAGCUCGGGAUGGGACUUGGUGUAGCAGCUCUCAGGUCCAACUUUGAGAGGAUCAAACGGGCCAACUCUCACUCUGCUGGAGAUGUAGGUAAGGGUCAGGAAAAGCAGCUACCACCACCACCAUUCUACACUAACAUGGAAUUCCAUCAUGAGAGGGGUUUGGUCAGGGUCAACGAUCGGGAUGUGUCGGAUAAAAUCAGCUCCCUGGGUACUCAGGCCAUGCAGAUGGAGCGAAAGAGGUCUCUUCAUUCCCUCCCAGGCAACCUGGCAACAGUGGCAGGUGAACUUCGUGCCAGGCCGGUGUAUAGAGGACGGUCUACUGAGAGCACCUGUGGCUAUGACGCAGAAUAUGAAGACGGGGAACCCAACCAGCGACAUUCAGGGAGGGCCAAUGGGGGUAAACCUCCACCUCCUCCUUGGCAACCAUCUGAGUUCCAAGCCUACUCCAGCGUCUAUGUUGGUGGAGUAAUGAUGGGUGAAGGUGGCAGUGGAGAUGGACGUGGAGGUGGCAGUGGAAUCGCAAUGAGAGACCACAGUGGAGGUGAUGAUCACCUCCUGACCUGGCCACGCCGCUCCUACUCCCCAGGUAGCUUUGAGGAUGCUGGAGGGGGUGGUGGCUACACACCAGACUGUAGCUCCAACGAGAACCUGACAUCCAGUGAGGAGGACUUCUCCUCUGGCCAGUCCAGUCACGUCUCUCCGAGUCCCACCACGGCCUUCCGUCGUCCCUUCAGAGAGAAGAGCAGGUCACCUUCCCAAAACUCCCAGAACUCCCAACACUCCUAUGACAGCAGCAGCCCUCCUACGCCGCAGUCUCAGAAGCGUCACCACAGGCAGCAGGGAGGCCAUGUGGUCAUGUCUGAGGCCACUAUUGUGAGUGUUCGCAAGACAGGUCAAAUCUGGCCUCCUCCUGUCCACCAUGACCUCCUGCCCCAUGGUAGAACAUCCCAUGACAACAGUUUUCACGGAGACCACUUAGCACAUCCCCUUACUAUCUCUAAUCUUUGUUAUGCUGAGGUGCGGUUAGUAGAAGCCAUGCGCAUUUUGGAGUCUUGGACUGGCGCCCUGUUUGACCAGACAGGCAUCACAUGCCUGCAACCGGGGGAGGCGCAAAAGAAGGAAAGCAUUGAAAAUAAUGUUGAUACUACAGAAAGAAGGGUGAAGAGAGUGUAUGUUUUGUAUGGAGUGGAUGAUGCUAAUAAAGAGUGGGACAGUGCUGUGAGGAAGACUGAGGGAGGCAGAGUGCGAAGCAAAGCUGUCGUUUCUCGCUUCAGCGGUCCGGGAUGUGGGGUGCUGCAGAGAGGCGCAGAUGGGAAGAACCCUCCCGUUGUAGGAUGGCGUACACAGAGCAUAAGAUCACUUUUUGACUGUCCAUCCUCUGAUCAUCCCAGCAAUGAGUGCUUUAUGCUGGAGCACAGGGAGGAGGCAGAAGAGGGAAAGGAAAGCUUUACAGUCAGUCUGGUGUGGCACAAUGACCGCUUUUCACACGGCCUGGGAGUGACUACGCCUCUUAAAAAGACUCGUUCAGUGUUUGCAGUUGAGUGA